UUCCCCUAAUGGCCCGUCUCUUCCUCCUCCUCCCCCUCCCCUAGGGCGGAUCGUCCCCCGGCCUCCCUGUAUGUGAGAGACGGGGCCGGCGCCUCGCACGGAGCCGGGAGCCGCCGCCGCGGGAGGAGCGGAGGCUUCAGGGAGCGCUUCCUGCCCACCGCCCGCACCGCCGGGCGCGGCAGCCCCAGCAUGGAAGCCAUCGCCAAGUACGACUUCAAAGCCACCGCGGACGACGAGCUGAGCUUCAAACGGGGCGAUAUCCUUAAGGUUUUGAAUGAAGAAUGUGAUCAGAAUUGGUACAAGGCAGAACUCAAUGGAAAAGAUGGCUUCAUUCCCAAGAACUACAUAGAAAUGAAACCCCAUCCGUGGUUUUUUGGAAAGAUUCCCCGAGCGAAGGCUGAAGAAAUGUUGGGCAAACAGAGACAUGAUGGUGCCUUCCUCAUCAGGGAGAGUGAGAGUGCUCCUGGGGACUUCUCCCUCUCAGUCAAGUUUGGAAAUGAUGUGCAGCACUUCAAGGUGCUUAGAGAUGGGGCUGGCAAGUAUUUCCUUUGGGUGGUGAAGUUCAAUUCUUUGAACGAGCUGGUAGAUUAUCACAGAUCCACAUCUGUCUCCAGGAACCAGCAAAUAUUUCUCCGAGACAUUGAGCAGGUGCCACAGCAACCAACAUACGUUCAGGCCCUGUUUGAUUUUGAUCCUCAAGAGGAAGGAGAGCUGGGCUUCCAUCGUGGAGACUUUAUCCAAGUCCUCGACAAUUCUGACCCCAACUGGUGGAAGGGAGCGUGCCGUGGACAGACGGGCAUGUUCCCACGCAACUACGUGACCCCAGUGAACCGGAACAUCUAGAGAUAAAUAUUAGAGAUUAUUUAAGGAAACCAGAGAAACAGUAAAUACACAUACAGAGCCUAACUGCAGCCAGUGACCUAAAAAUCACACGGCGGUAAAACCGGAGUCACCUUUCACCGUGAGGUGAUCCUCCUUCCCUCAGUACGGAACUUCAGGGGCGGGGGGGAAGAGUUCAACUUACACACCAAAACUUAUCUUAAAGAAAAAAAAAAUGGAAAAUAGAAAAAGGAGAGAGAGAGAAAAAAAAAAUGAAAUAACAAAUUU